UAUUGAUAAUGCAAUCGAAAAGAAAGUUUCUUAAUUUACAAUAGGAACCUUUCAACCAUAAAACUCCAUUUACCAUUGGAGUUGGGACAUCUUCAAACUUUUAUCAAGUCGUAAUCUCUUUUGCAUACUCUCUCUGCUUCAAACAGUAGCCAUGAAGACGAUCUAUUGGUUCUUUCUUCCCUUGAUUUUCUUUCCUCUCUUGGCCUCAUGUUUAGAGAAACAGGUGUAUAUAGUUCACUUCGGGGAGCACAGUGGGGAGAAAGGAUUGCAUGAGAUUGAAGAAACUCAUCAAUCAUAUUUGUAUUCCGUGAAAGAAACGAAAGAAGAUGCUCAAUCUUCCCUUCUUUACAGCUACAAGCACAGCAUCAAUGGCUUUGCUGCAGUGCUCACCCCAGAUGAAGCCUCCAAGCUCUCUGAAAUGGAAGAAGUUGUAUCAGUGUUUCCUACACGCUCAAGAAACUACUCCCUGCAGACCACUAGGUCAUGGGAAUUUGUAGGGUUAAAUGAGGAAGAGGGCCUAUCAUCAGGGCAUGAAUCCAAUAUGGGAAGAGAAGACUUGUUGGCUAAAGCUAGCUAUGGCAAAGAUGUCAUUAUUGGAGUAUUGGAUAGCGGUGUGUGGCCAGAAUCAGCGAGCUUCAGUGACGAAGGAAUGGAACCCAUCCCAGAGUCGAAAUCAUGGAAAGGAAUCUGCCAAGAGGGAGUCGCUUUUAACUCAUCCCACUGCAACAGGAAGAUAAUUGGAGCCAGAUACUACGUGAAGGGUUUUGAGCACGAGAAAGGUACAGUAAAUGCGACGGAAGACUACCUCUCACCACGAGACAUGGACGGCCACGGGAGCCACACGGCGUCCACCGCUGCUGGCCGACAAGUCCCCGACGUUGCUGCCCUUGGUGGGCUGGCAAGAGGCACAGCGUCCGGAGGGGCUCCUUUGGCCCGACUCGCCAUAUACAAGGUCUGCUGGGCGAUACCUAACCAAUCAAAAGCCGAUGGAAACUUAUGUAUGUUUGAAGAUAUACUUGCAGGCAUUGAUGACGCCAUAGCUGAUGGUGUUGACAUAAUUAGCAUCUCCAUUGGAACCAGUGAUCCUGUGCCUUACGAAGAGGAUUACCUUGCAGUCGGUGCAUUGCAUGCUGCGAAGCGCAACAUCCUUGUGGUUUGUAGUGCUGGGAACAACGGUCCUGCCCCUGGAACAUUGUCUAACCCGGCGCCUUGGCUGAUGACUGUUGGUGCUAGCAGCUUGGACCGGGCAUUUUUGGCACCUGUCAUGCUAGGGAAUGGUCGGGAAAUUAUGGGACAAACUGUUGCACCAGACAAGUUGGAAAAUGAGAUGUACCCAUUAGUUUACGCAGGAGAUGCAGUGUUCCCUGAUGUGCCUCAAAACUCUACAGGGCAAUGCCUUCCUGGUUCCCUUAACCCUGAUAUGGUCAAAGGGAAGAUUGUGGUGUGCAUGAGAGGUGCCGGACGGAGAUUAGAUAAAGGCUUAGAAGUGAAAAGAGCUGGUGGUGUCGGUCUCAUCUUAGGCAACGCAGAGGCCAAUGGAAAUAGACUAUCAUGUGACCCCCAUUUUCUUCCUGCAUCUGCUGUGAGUUACAAUGAUGCGACUAAGAUUCUUGAAUACAUCAGGUCUACAGAGAAUCCGAUGGCAACCAUCAGUCCAGCCCAGACAGUAAUGCAUUAUAAACCUGCACCCUUCAUGGCUGGAUUCACCAGUCAGGGUCCAAAUGUGAUUGAUCUCAAUAUUCUCAAGCCUGAUAUCACGGCUCCAGGAAUUCAGAUUUUGGCAGCAUGGAGUGAAGCAUCAUCUCCCACAAAGUUGGAAUAUGAUCACAGAAUAGUGAAAUAUAACUUUGAUUCAGGAACUUCCAUGGCUUGCCCUCAUGUUUCUGGUGCAGCUGCACUUCUCAAAGCCAUACACCCCGAUUGGAGCGUUGCUGCUAUAAGAUCUGCUCUGAUGACCACAGCCCGGAUAACAAACAACUUAGAUCAGCUAAUUAGAGAUGAAGUUGGCAAUACCGCAACUCCCUUCCAAUAUGGAGCCGGCCAUUUCCAGCCUAUUAAGGCAGCAGAUCCAGGUCUCAUAUACGAUGCCUCGUAUGAUGAUUACCUUCUCUAUCUCUGCAGCCUUGGCCUAAACAAGUUGGACUCUACAUUUAAGUGCCCUGAAGAUCCACCUUCACCGGUCAACCUCAAUUAUCCAUCGUUUGCAAUUCCCAACCUUAAUGGCACUGUCACUAUUACGAGGACAGUCACAAAUGUUGGUUCCAGCAACAGUAAAUACUAUUUUUCAGUCAAACCACCACCCGGAGUCCAUGUGAAGGCCUCACCAAGUAUUUUGUUCUUCGACCAUAUAGGCCAGAAGCAGAGCUUCAGCAUAACAGUAUCCCCUAAAGAUUUUGGUCCCAUAGCGAAGAGGUCUGCGUAUGGGUUUGGUUUUUACACUUGGACUGAUGGAUUCUAUCGUGUAAGAAGUCCCAUGGCAGUGUAUUUACCAUAAUUAUAGGCUCUUCGUUUUUAUGGGGCAAAGAAUUAGUAGAAAACUGUGCUCAAGGAAACUACUAGUAUAGGAUUUGUUUUAGCAAUUGUAUAAAGUAACUCUAUUCUUUCACUAAAUUUCCCCAUAUUCAUAUGACUAUAACCAAGACUUGCUCCAUUUUCUCA